AUGAGUUCCUCCAAUGAGCCGUUCUACCUGCGAUACUAUUCUGGCCACUCGGGUCGCUUCGGACACGAGUUCCUUGAAUUCGAUAUUAGGGUUCUAGGAGAUGGUCGCAGCGCGGUUGCACGAUACGCCAAUAACUCGAAUUACCGAAAUGAUAGCUUGAUUCGCAAAGAGAUGUGCGUGAGCGCUACCAUUAUCGACGAAAUUAAGCGCAUCAUCAAAUCCAGCGAAAUUGUCAAGGAAGACGAUUCCAAAUGGCCGCAGAAAAAUAAGGACGGUCGUCAGCAGCUCGAAAUUCGACUCGGCAAUGACCACAUCUCAUUCGAGACCGCCAAAAUAGGAUCUUUAGUUGACGUCACCGAGUCCGCCGACCCCGAAGGCCUCCGAGUUUUUUAUUACCUUGUCCAAGAUUUAAAGGCCCUUGUUUUCAGCCUCAUCGCAUUGCAUUUCAAGAUUAAGCCUAUUUGA